AAAUAAACAAGAUACGGCUACAGUCUGCACAGGAAGUAGCGAGGCAGGUGGAGGCUGAGGUGAAGGAGAGGACUCAUGAGCACCAGGCCAGGGUGACCCAGCUGGAGACCCAGCUAUCUCAGCUCUCCCUAAUGCACUCAGAGGAACUGGAAAAAGUGGCGGCGCAACACCGAGAGCAGCUCAGACAGAUGGAGGAGACCCAUCAGAAAGAUGCUACUGAAGAGAUGAGGGUGCGCCUUGAAGAAGUGCAGAAGGCAGAGAGGAAUCGUGUGAGUGAGGAGUUCACUAAAGAGCAUGCCCGGCUGAGGGAGCAACUCCAAAUUCUGGCUGAGGAGCGCUUGGCAUCCCAGAGAGAGGAGCUUCAGAGAUCUGCCCUUAAAGAGAAAGGGGCGUUGGAGCAGAGGCUUCUAGAGGUCCAAAAGCUCCUUGAUGUGGAAAAGGAGAAGCUUCAAGCCCUGCAAAGGAGUUUGGAGUGUGAAGAGAGCCCUCAGGUGGUGGCGUUGAAGCAGAAACUCCAGGCUCAAUACGACAGAGAGAUGUCCACUGCUAAGAGCGCCAUGGCAGCAGAGGUGAAAGAGCUGAAUGUUCUACUUCAGGAUCAGAUAGAGAGCAAGCUACAAGAGGCCCUCUGCAG